CCGGGGCCGAAGCGGGCCGGGCCGGGCCGGGCCGGGCCGGGCCGGCGCCAUGUACGACUGCCUGGAGGCGCUGGCGGUGUCGCGGCAGCUCUACGACGUGACGAACCGCGGGGCCUGCGCGCUGCGCAAGGCGGGCUACGGGCCGCGCUGCGGGGCCCUGCCGCCCUUCGGGUGGCCGCCGCCGCCCGGCCGCCGCUCCGUGGAGACGCAGAGCACGAGCUCGGAGGAGAUGGUGCCCAGCUCGCCGUCGCCGCCGCCGCUGCCCCGCGUCUACAAGCCCUGCUUCGUCUGCAACGACAAGUCCUCGGGCUACCACUACGGCGUGAGCUCCUGCGAGGGCUGCAAGGGUUUUUUCCGCCGGAGCAUCCAGAAGAACAUGGUGUACACGUGUCACCACGACAAGAACUGCCAGAUCAACAAGGUGACGCGCAACCGGUGCCAGUACUGCCGCCUGCAGAAGUGCUUCGAGGUCGGCAUGUCCAAGGAAGCCGUGCGCAACGACAGGAACAAGAAGAAGAAGGACGUGAAGGAGGAGCCGGCCGACAGCUACGAGAUGACCCCGGAGCUGGAGGAGCUCAUCCAGAAGGUCAGCAAGGCCCACCAGGAGACCUUCCCCUCGCUCUGCCAGCUGGGCAAGUACACCACGAACUCGAGCGCUGACCACCGGGUCCAGCUGGACCUGGGGCUGUGGGACAAGUUCAGCGAAUUGGCCACCAAGUGCAUCAUCAAGAUCGUGGAGUUCGCCAAGCGCCUGCCCGGCUUCACCUCGCUCAGCAUCGCCGACCAGAUCACCCUGCUCAAGGCAGCCUGCCUCGACAUCCUGAUGCUGCGGAUCUGCACGCGCUACACCCCCGAGCAGGACACCAUGACCUUCUCGGACGGGCUGACGCUGAACCGCACGCAGAUGCACAACGCGGGCUUCGGACCCCUCACCGACCUCGUCUUCGCCUUCGCCGGCCAGCUCCUGCCCCUCGAGAUGGACGACACGGAGACGGGGCUGCUCAGCGCCAUCUGCCUCAUCUGCGGAGACCGCAUGGACCUGGAGGAGCCCGAGAAGGUGGACAAGCUGCAGGAGCCGCUGCUGGAGGCGCUGAAGGUCUACGCGCGCCGGCGCCGGCCCAGCAAGCCCCACAUGUUCCCCCGCAUGCUCAUGAAGAUCACCGACCUCCGCGGCAUCAGCACCAAAGGCGCCGAGCGGGCCAUCACGCUGAAGAUGGAGAUCCCGGGCCCCAUGCCCCCCCUGAUCCGGGAGAUGCUGGAGAACCCCGAGAUGUUCGAGGACGAGGCGGCGCGGCCCCCCCCGCCCCCGGAGCCCCCCAGCGCCGAGGACAGCCCCGCCGCCGGCCCCCCCGACUCGCCGUAGCCCCUCCCCCUCCCCCCCCCCGUGCCCGGGGGGAGGGGGGGGCAGGGGAGGGGGACGCUCACAACUGCCUUCCAGACCCCCCCCCCGCACUGUUGGGGGAGGGGGGGGGCAGCUCAGCUCCAGAGACUGACGGAGUCAAGCCCGGGGGGGGGGACCCCGUGGCACCAGCUAUUGCCUUAAGCCGGGGGGGGGGGGCGGCCCCCACCCCAACCUCAGCUUCAUGCCAAAGUCCUGGCACCCCCUCCGCCUCCACCCCCCCCCCCCCCCCGCCCUCCCCAGCCCUAGUGCUGGGGGGCAGCCGAGGGGGGGGGGCAACAACGGACAGGCAUCGCCCCCCCGCUUUCCCGAAAGACUGACGCCCCAUGCGUGCCCCCCCCAGGCUGUGCCCCCCCGCCCCCCCAGCGCCGAGCUGGGAGGAGCCCAGGCGUCCGGGACUUUAUUUAUUCGCGUCACAAGACGGAUGGAGACAGGGUGGAUUUGGGGAGGGGGGCACCCCCGUUCCCCCCUCCCGGGGGCACUGCUUGGGGGGAGGGGGAGUUUUUGGACAAAACCGCCUCCCCCAGCCGUAAGGGGGGGGCAUUUUAUUUGCUGUUUUCUUUGUAAAAUUGGGGAUCAAGGUGGGGGGUGGGAGGAGGGAGGGGCCGCUUGUGGGUUUUGCUUUCUAUGCUGGUGGGGUGGGGGGGUCCCCAAAAUCCCCCCCCCAGGCCCCCUCCCUAUUCCUUGGGCACAGAACACUAUAGAGACCAAAGAGGGGGGGCACAAGGUGAGCCUUCCCCCCCCCAAAAAAAAGCCCACCCCCCUGGGCUGCUACCGGGGGGGGGCCCAAGCCAUAGCUACCAGGACCCCCAUGCUGUGGGGGGCCCUGCCCCAUUUCCCCCUCCUGCGGCAGCUUUAUGGGGGGGGGGGGGGCGCAGCCUCGCUGUCCCUCAGCUGCCCCAGGGACCAAACUGCCCCCCCAAGUCUGUUACCCCCAGCCUCGUCGGGGUGGGGGGCUCUUUGCCCCUGCCCCUUGCAGCGCUGGAGCUGCCCCCCCAUUUCCACCCCCAUUUUGGGGGUGCAGGGCCUUAAGGGGGGGGCCCAUUACACUACACGCCGUGGGGGGCCCCCCCGGGGCAGCACUUUUCCCCCGUUAUUUAUUCCUUUGCGUUUACACCGGGGUCCCGGCCCGGGGCGGGGGGGGGCCCAGCCCGCUGUCCCUGCUGCCCCCGCCACCUGGGGUGGGUGGGGGGCUCGCACCCAUGUUUACAGCCCGCCCGGCCCGGGGUCCCUGCUGGCCCCCGGCUCCCCCCCCCUGCCCCGCCCCGGGGUGGGGGGGGGGGACACGGGACUUUUCUAUUUUUGCAAAAUAAAGUGAUGGAAACUCA